GGGGCUGAGGUACCAGCAAUGAGGUGAGCUACUGUAGGAGCUUGAGCGUGAGCCUCGCUGUCUCGAUGGUGGUGUGCAGGCAUUUGUAGCUUCAUUCGUUUCAUUGUUGUGAGAUUUUGUUCACUCAUUCAUCAUUUUUUCACUCAUUGUACUGUUUGUUCUCCCUACCUUUUCCCUCUCAAUCUUUAUCCGGGUCGACUGGACCCCUAAACUCUCCCCACAAUGAAACUCGACCAGCUCUUCCUAAUCCUAAUCCUCCACACCCUCACCCUCUCCGUUUCCGUCUCCUGUUCCCACAUCCCCGCGCUACGUACAAACACCUACCACCCUCCCCUCCUGCGCGCAAGAGCAACAACAGCAACGACAAUCACAUCCGCAACGCCCCUCCAAACCGCGCUCUGCGGCUGGCUCGGCGGCGACCCGGGACAACCGUGGACCUGUGCCGUGGACGGCGAGUGCGUGAUCGCGACGGCGAAAGCGACGAAUGCUGUUGGGUGCUGUGUUUCGGGACGGUGCGCGAGUUUUAGGACGAGUUGCGUGCCCGCGACGGCGGUGUGUAAUAGUGCUUGUUCGAGUAAUAAGGAGAAUUUGAUUUGUUCAAAUGAUGCGCCGCUGUGUGCGACGUUUACUUAUCCGGGGGAUUAUACUGAGUUGCGAUGUGUGAGCUCUGCGCCGCCGACGCUGCAGGUGGCGUUUACGUUCUCUGGGUUCACGACGCCGUUGCCGUUGCCGAGGAUGUUGAGUACCAUGACGAGUUGUGAUAGCACGGGGCGUUGUAUACCGGAUUUGACUAUUGAGACGCAGACUCCUUCGUCUUCAAAAGUUACGAGUACAACGCCCAAAACAGGUACCACGAAAACAUCAAGCUCACCAGGAUCAACUUCUACAUCUGGAGCUCCGGCGACCAGUUCCUCAGAUACAGGUGCCAUCGUUGGAGGCGUGGUUGGUGGGGUCGCUGGAGUAGCUUUGAUUGGAGGAGGACUGUUCCUUUAUUAUUGGCGAAAAAAGAGAUCGCAACGGAAUGCAGUGAUGGCAGCGGGAUCAGGAGCAGGAGUACAGAGUCCAUAUCAUUCUCCUCAAUCAGGGAAUGCUCAGCCGGCCGAGAGACAAUCUCAUCACCCGCAUGCGAACGGGGAACAAGAGGUGUAUGGAGGUGUGAUGAAAGCGGAGUUACCGACGCAGUUUCAUGAGGGUGGUGGGGGAAUGGGGACGGAAGCCGUCAAGGUGGACGAGGUUCCAGGGCCGAGAGAAGCGUGGGAGAUGGACGGAGUGGUGAGGCAAGACACGCCGUUGAUGGAGUUGGAAGCUCAUGAAAUGGCUGAUAGGCGGCCGAGAUGAGGUUUGGAAUUUCGUUUGCAAAGAAUGGAGUUUAGGAUGAGCUUCGGAGCAUAGCGUGCAUUGAUAGAUGGGAACUAGACUCUGAAGAAUAUAUACCAGAGUUUUGAUCAAAGUUGGAAUCGAAGCGAGGACAAUCUGCUUCCACGGAGGUUUCUAACUUCUCUGGUGAUCCCGCAUGCAGAUAUCAACUCUGUCCCGAGAAAAGAAGGAAAAGUGCUUCUUGAUCAACAACACGUGUCCGAGGAAAUGAGAUCGUCAAAGAGUUGCUCCUUGUUGGAAUAGAGCUAAAGCUGAUGUUACUCAACGAUGGAUAACUCCGGUUAUCCCUCUCGAUAUCUGAAGUCUGAUACCCAUUUCAGAAGAUCUUCAAGAUCCUCGAUGGAGUGACACAAGGUGGAGGACAUGCUUAUGACUGCAUACU